GCUACCGGCAAGGAGUUCUGCGUGUGCACCACUCAUCUGAAGGCGCGUCAUGGUUCUUUGCUAUCGAAAUUGCGCAAUGAGCAAGGCCGCGAUCUGUUGCGUUUUGUCAAACAAUUCGCCUCGCAACGUCCAGUAUUGAUUUGUGGCGACUUCAAUGCCGAACCCACAGAGCCAGUAUAUGCCACAGUGCUGAGUGGUGAGCUGCUAAAAUUGGCCAGCGCCUAUGCGGAUGUCAAAGCCGAGCGCGAUGAAUGCAAUAACGAUAGCGCUAAUGAAGUGAAAGCUGAUGCAGAGUUAGUUUCUGAGGCGCCUGAGAUGGUUGAGCAGGAAGAGGAGGCGGUCGAGGAAGAAGUGGAGCUUAUUUGCGAUGACAGCGUAAUGAAAUCAAUACAGCGAGAGCCACCUUAUACCACGUGGAAAAUACGCGAAGAUGGCGAAGAGUGUCACACCAUCGAUUAUGUAUUCUACACGCCAGAGCAGUUCAAGAUUCGUAAUUGUCUGGAAUUCCCCAGGGAUGAUGAAGUUGGCAAAAAUCGAACGCCUAGCUUCCAGUAUCCAUCAGAUCACUUCUCAUUGGUGUGCGACUUCGAAAUAUUAGAUAAGCAGUAA